AUGUUAGAAAAGUUAAAAGUGAAAGAGAAGCAAGUGGAUGAAGGAAAAGCUGCUGCUGAAUCUGCAAGAGAAGAAAUCAAAAACCAGUGUGAGGCAGAGAAAAAGAAAGUUAGAAGAAGAGCAAAGGAAUUGAUAGAAAGAAUAAAGAGAGAAGAGAAGAUGCUGAUAGAUGACUUGGAUGAACGUGCUAUGAGUGGAUUAAAAGAAGCAGCAAUAAACAUCGAUCAGAUAGAGUUUCACCAUGGCAACAUAGUCAGUACACAUCAUUACCUCCAAACACUGAUGCAUCAUGGGAAUGCUGUUCAUCUGCUGUCUACCAGGACUGAAACUAAUAAGCAAAUUAUGCAAAUCGUUGCCAUGGAAACAAAACCACCAAUCAGUCAUGAGACCAAUGAGUUCCAGUCCAGAAGUGACCUUGGUGCAGAAUCAUUACUAGGAGUGGUCAAAUCUGAUGCCUGUCCAUUCAAAUGUACAGUUGAAAACAUCCCAGAACAACUCCAGAAAGGUGAAUCUGUCAACUUGAUCAUCACAACCAGAGACGUCAGAGGAAAACAGACCAUUCCCUGUCAAGAUGUCCAGGUGAAGAUAAGGAGACCUGAUGCAUCAUGGGAAAAUAUUGAUGUUACAGAAAAUAGCAAUGGGACACAUCAUGUGAUGAUAACAGGAAAGAUAGAAGGAAAACAGCAAGUUGCCAUGACGAUUGGUAACCAACAAAUACCAGGAUCCCCAUUCCAUAUUUCUGUUAUAAAAGGUUUGGUACAGACAGUGGGAGAAAAACAGCUCAAGUCUCCACAUGGACUCGCCAUAAAUAAACAUGGUGACUUUGUAAUAUCUGAUAGGGGUAACCAUAGAGUUGUCAUACAUGACAGAGACGGAAAUUACAAACAAUCAUUUAAAUUUACUGAUCAGUUUGCAGAGCCAUUCACACCAUGUGAUGUAGCAAUAUCAGAUGAUAAUGAAUACUUUAUGACAGAUGACAAUAACAAACAAAUAGUUGUGAGUGAUGAAAACGGGAAGUUGAUUAGAAAGUUUGGAAGCUCUGAAACUGAUGAUCCAUUUGGAAUUGCAAUCAAUCCUGUUACUAACAAUGUGUAUGUGAGUGAGUGCAGUAAAGGGUACAUUAGGAAAUAUACACAGGGAGGGAGAUACAUCAUCUCACUUGGAAUACAGGGAGAUAAACAGGGAGAGUUAAAUGGACCUUGUAUAUUAGCUAUUAACAGUAAAGGGAUGGUGUAUGUGGCUGAUUUUAACAAUCAUCGUAUUCAGGUAUUUAAUUCUGAUGACCAGUUUAUGUUUGAAUUCUCUACCACUGGUGACAGCAAUACACUUGACUAUCCUAGGGGAGUAGCUAUAGAUAAUAAUAAUAAUGUAUAUGUGAGUAGUCAACAUAAAGUCACUAAGCAUGACAGCUAUGGUCAGUUUAUUUGUAGAAUUGAUUGUGAUAACGAUGAACUGAGUUAUCCCUGUGGUGUAGCUGUGUGUAGUGAGGGUAAAAUAGCUGUAGCAGAUAGGGACAAUAACUGCAUCAAAGUGUUUGUUGAGUGA